UUACGACGUUUGUGCGCAUUGUAGGGUGGGCGACCACAACACAAUCGACCUCAUCAUAACCACUCGCUCGACAUUCGAGAAGCCGACGGUUCCAGACUAAUACGGCUUACGGCACAUAAGCAAACCAAUUCAGUCAUAAAAUUCAUUGUAGGUAUAGUGUCAGUUAUUACAGUGAGUAGGUACGUUGCAUUACAUGUGAAAUAAAAAAACUGUGAAUAUGAAUAAAAAAAUAUUAUUGACAUUAUUUGUGGCCUACGCUCUAUUUUACGUAGAAGGUAGAAAAACAUCGAGGAGUCGCUCAUCAAGUUCUGGCCGUGGCUCAAGUAGGAAAACCAGCAGCAAUCCUCAACCAGCGCCAACUUCAUUCAGUUAUCCACAACCAGCUCAAAAGCCCUCUUUGUCUGGAUGGCAAGAAAAAUCCGCCCAAAAAAGCGUGUCCACAUGGCAAGCGAAGACGCAAACUGGACAGAGCCAUUCGUACCCUUCAAGUCAAACAGGGUUAUCUGGAAGUAAGGCUAAACCGUCGGCACCAAAUCAGGAAAGUAUUCAAAGAAGUCAUGCUUCGCAAUCGCAAAGCAGUAACCAAGCUGCACAUUCAUAUCCAUCGUCAAAUGGCUUAUCUGGUAGUGGUCAUUCAGGAGCAGGAUAUCCACAGGGAAGUGGGUUAUCAGGAUCUGCAGCAUCACGGCCGGCCAGUUCAGGUACUGGAUAUCCCCAUGGCAGUGGUACAUCAGGAACAGGGAAUGGUAAUCCAUCAGCUGCUGGCCCAGGAUAUUCACAUGGUGCACAAGGAACUGCGUAUUCUAGUGGAGGUGUAGCACCUCCACCCUAUCCUGGCAAUAAUAGACCUUAUAACGGUGGCAGCUAUCCUUCACAAAAUUAUGGCAAUAAUUAUCAUCAUCCACCUCCACCUCCAGCUUAUUCAAAUUAUGGAUCCAAUUAUGGCGGCUAUGGAGGCCAUGGAUUUUAUAAUCCCGGACCGCAAACCCCUGGAUAUUUUGGAAACUAUGGUCAUAAUGGAUUUGGGGGAGUCAGUCGUACGAGUAGCGCCUUAAAAGGUGUUGGAAUUGCAGGCGCUGGUGUGGGCACAUUACUGACUGGACUAGCAUUAUGGAAUCUGGCACGUUCAACUGGACAACACCACCAUACAGUUAUUUAUGAUAAUAGAGGACAACCAGUAGCUGUGGCACCUGCAAAUGAUACGGAACCUGUAGAGGAUUCAUUUUUAAAGGAUUUAGUCAAUUGUAGUCUGACAAUCUCAAAUGAUAAUGCGACAGAAGUGUUGGCAAUACCUUGUGCAAUAGCUUCAUCGUUCUCACCGGAUGCUAACGUAAAAGACGUCAGUACGGGUGAUGGUAAAUCAGACAACACCAAAUGUACUGUGACAGUUUUAACCAAAACUGGUAAGGAGUAUAUGACCACAAUUCCUUGUGCAACUCUCCUGAAUACGGCGGCUGAAAACAAUGUUACCGAGCCGCCUUUAACUAAUAAUGGAACAGAAAUUAUGGAAGGUACACAAAACUCUGAUGGAAAUAUCCCAAAUGCCAAUCAACCACUAGUUCAAAGUUUCUCUAAUAAUGGACCUGAUAUGAGUACAAUUUCGUCUGCCUUCAAUUGUACCUCCGAACCUGGAAGUGUUCGAGAUCCUAUUAAUCCAUGUUUUGCUGUGACAACUGAUUUAACAGUUAUUCCAUUACCAACGACACGUAAACCUAACGAUGGUGAAAAAUAAUCAUGACCUAGUUAUCUUUGUAACUAAAUUAUUAUCUUUGUCUAAAAACACAACAGUUUGAUUUAUAAUAGACUGGAUUUUAUAAACCGACACAAGCAAUGUUAGGUAAUUCCCAUUAAUGUAAUUUACAAGUCUUCUACUAAGUAACAAGAAUUUGGUACUAGAUUUAAUAUAUUAUAGAAUAAUCUAUAAUUAUUAAGGUACCUAUAAGUAUUACAUAAAUCGCACGAAUUCAACUAAUAUUAUAAAUAAUACUAUAAACGUGACAAUUAUUAUAUUAGUGCAAUUUAUAAAAAUAACUAUCUACUCAAUCAAUAAUAAUUAGGUACCUAUCUAAGUAUAGUUAUUUUGCAAAUGCUGUUUUGAAGACCUUAAAGGUAUUUAACAUAAUUGUUUUAAAAUGUAUAACCAAACAUUUAUUUUAAAUAAAUGCAAUCAUCCCACCAAA